CAGAUGUCCUUGCUGCAGCUUCUGAUAUGUCUGAACUUCUCAAGCCUGCUGAGCCUUCCUUGAGUUCUCCUGGGUUGCCAUCAGUGUGUCAGGAGAGUUUGUGCCAUAAUGGAGGGACUUGUCAUCACAUCCAUCUUUCUAGUGGGGCCACAUCAUUUCAAUGUGACUGCCCUCUACAUUUCACUGGGCGUUUCUGUGAAAAAGACACAGCAUUGUUUUUUCCAUCCUUCAGUGGGAACUCUUAUUUAGAACUGCCUUCUGUAACAUCUGUAUCCGAGAGCCAGAUUGCACUGGGGCAGGAACCAAACAGAAUUACAUCUAUAUACUUGACAGUGAAAACAACUGCUUUAAAUGGCACUAUCCUUUACACCAGUGAAAAGAAUUUUGGAGAACAGUUUCUUCAUCUGUAUCUGGAAGAAGGAAGACCAACAGUUCGAUUUGGGUGUGGCAACUCACAAAACAUUCUGGCUGUGUCCGUCAAUCAAUCUGUUAGCAAAGAUGUACUCUUAUCUAUCACAAUAAGAAUCAGAUGCUGGACAAGCAAUAAGACAUGAAAGGGUUGUGUGUGUUUAACAUUUGAUAAUGAUAAUCCUAUCCCAAGAGCAUCGUUGGACAUAACACAUGAUCCAUGACUAAAUAUCUUAAAUCCACAGCCAAGCUAUUAUCUAAUGAUAACGCUUUCCUCAGGUUACCUUAAUGUCAGUAAAAGAGUCAUAUUUUGGAAAGAAAAAAUCUGUAUGUGUAUGCUGGAAGAUUGUUUGACAAUUUAGUGUGUUUGGUAUCAGCUAAAUUGUGGUUCACGCAGAUUAAUCUACUUCAUUGGAAAAUGUAUGAACCAAUCUGAAUGUACUGAGAUCCAGGCAGUUUUAUAUGUAAAAAUUAGGCCAGUCAGAAAACUAGGGUAAUUAAUUUAAGCAUAAUAUUAAGGGGCUUAAAAUGAAUUGCUCAUCAUAUCUGAUAAACAUUUAGAAUAAAUCAGAUGUUUUUCACCAUGCUUCUAGCACCAAAUGAACAACAGAUUUACUGAUCAGGCUAAAUCUGAGUAAUUCCGUGUUACCACAAUGUCAUCAUAAUAUAAAGCAGAAGCAGUAAACUGUGUUAUAACUAACUUUAAUUGCAAAUGCAAUGCAAGCAUAGUGUAUAAAAGUGACUAAUUCCUACUGGUAUAUGUGUGGAUUUUUAAGAGACAUACACAGAAUAUCAAGAACAUUUAUAACAAUCAAAUGAUAAUGUUAGAAUCUGUAUUAAGUUCUGUACCCAGUGAACAGAUUGAAACAUCCUUUUCCAGCCAUGAUAGCUUGUAUGUGAUAGUAGGGAAAAAUGAGAAAAUAAUGAUGUGAAUGUCAUACUUAAGUCAUGUUGGUAACAGUAAAAUAAUGGGUUGAAUAGUUAAUACUAAAUUACAGUAGAAAUCUUUCAGAAGUACUUAUCCCAUCCACAUUAAUGUAUUAAUUGUGAUGAAUAUUACAAUAAAAAUAAAAGAUAUUUCAACAGUUCAACCAUUGUUUUACU